AUGCUACUCACAACAUUAACGGCUUCGCAUAGCCCGGCCGAAGGAAACACUUUUGAAAAAUUCGUUGAGCUGGCCAAGAAUGCUCCGACGAGUACAUCGCCGGCUGACGGGCUACCAGUGAACGGCGUUCGCCGGACGCAAGUAGAGGUUGGCAAAGAUGGAAAACUGAUCUUUGAACCCAACAACAUUCUUGAACCGAAGAACACGGUCGUCAGGUUCAAUUUCAACCCCAAAAACCAUUCAGUGGUGCAGUCAACUUUUGACGAACCAUGCAAGCCCCUGAAUGGGGGUUUUAGCAGCGGCUUCAUUCCCACCACCGUUUCCCCGUCCGGCGUUGAGUUUGACAUCAUCGUUCAAGACAAGCCCAUCUGGUUCUACUGCGCUCAGGGAAAUCACUGCCAAUCCGGCAUGGUUGGCAGCAUAAACGCGUACGUGGCCUCGCAAUCAACAGGCAACACGCUAGAAGCAUUCACCGCCAAGGCAAAGGCGGCCACUCCGCCAAGUGUCAUCCCGCCUCUUGCUCCUCGCGGCGGUACCCUGACGGUCAAUGGGAAGACCAUCGCCGGGUUCAACGGCAAUGUUCUGCCUGGGUCUCUUCAACCUUCAGUCGCCCCUUCUGCCUCAGGUACCCAAACCGCACCUCCAGCUGCCUCGCAAACUCUCCCACCACCGGGUGGCGAAAUACCUCCCUAUUACUAUGACAAAGCCGGCGGAGGCAAGCCUACCCACUGGGGAUGGGCGAGCAACAUGUCCUCAGACGCAACUGCCCAUCUACAGCUCCACCAGCUCAUCGAAGACGUUCUACUACACCUACUAUGGGACUUUUACGUCAAACUGGAGCCACCAAGCGGCAGCUUAGCUGGCGUGUACCCGAAGGCCAUUGUCAACACGAUUGGGGCGUGGGCAGCGCAGUCUGUGAUUCACCGCGGAACGACCGCCGAGUGCCUGAAUCACUACCAGCGACCCUUGCUCGGAUCAUGCACGUACCGCUUGCCGACCAUGACAGUCGACGACUACCUGACGGCGAUUGCCAAGCUGAAUCUGGUGCAGAUCGGCGCGGUCAUCGACAUUUCGGCCAAGCUCGCUCAGCAAGACCCGUUCAUCGUCCCCGUCCUGCUUACCCAGGUCGGUGCCAAAUCCCGCGUGGGUGCCGUCGUGAACAUGAUGCAGAACCAUAUGGCUGCUGCCGCGCCCAGGGAGGUUGCCAUCCCCGCCCAGCUGGCGUGGAGCUUCGUCAUGCGCGGUUUUGUGGACAGCUGUCCCGACAAGAUCGCUGGCAUGCCCGAAAAGCCUUGGCCGGCGGUGGAGGUGACUGGGAAGAAGGACGACGGCGGGAAGACAGUGGCUGUCAACCUGAAGUAUGAAGGCAGUGGAUCAGGGACACACUUCGUGGCGUGGAUGGGCCCGUACGGGCAGCUUGAGUUUACCCCGGUUACGACCGAAGGGGACGGCAGGACGGCGGCGGUGCCUGCGAGCUGGUACGGAUAUGUGUGGAUCGCCGUGGUGAGCAAGAACGGGAUUAAGCUGGAUGAAUUAAAGGAUAAUAUGGUCGCGGGGCCGGAAAUGGUUUGGGUUCGUGAGCCAUGA